AUGUCUGCUUCAGAUAAUUCCAAUCCGGACGAGCCACCGCCUCCUCCUAGCAUCGGCCAAACCCGGCAGCGUGCCCCUACAAUCAGUAUAGACGAUACUGCGACCCGGCCUGCUGCUCCUAGAGAUGUUCCUUUGUCGCCUGAACGAUCCAAUAUUCCAUUACCGCGAAUACAGACGGAAGGUCUUUCAGAACAGCCCCCAGUGACAGGCUUCGACCCCUUACCGACGGACACACGGCCGGUACCUGAUACCAAAGAGUCACGGCCCACCUCCCCUCACAACGUAUCCUCUCCUCGAACUCGGUUCCUGGACGGCUCUGGCGGGUUUUUGGCAGUUCCUGGUGGUCGAGAAAGAGCCAGUUCAGAGUCCGAUUCUGCCGUUUCUCCGUCGUCAUCGUAUGGUGGUGACACUCAACUAGCUUCAUCAGUCUCGCCAAAUGAAGAUGCCCUGAGAAAGUCUUCUAUGAGUAACAAUGACGAGAUAAUACACGACAAGGACGCACUACGCCCGGAUCCCGGCUCCGAACAAGACUUCGAAGUGCAGGACAACAAGUUCGCGUUCACUCCUGGUCAAUUGAACAAGCUCAUCAACCCGAAAAGCCUCGCCGCGUUCUAUGCUCUUGGCGGGUUGACUGGCUUGGAACAGGGUCUACGCACGGAUCGACAGAGUGGUCUCAGUAAUGAUGAGCAUUCACUUCAGGGAUCGGUCUCGUUUCAGGAGGUCGUUCAAGCCGGUUUGGCGGCUGACAAGGACUAUGGGCACGUCAAGCGAUCGAUGACAUCUCAGUCAUUCGGAAACUCUGGAAAGACUGACAAUGACAACGCCUUCUCCGACCGAAAACGCAUAUACAAGGACAACAGGUUACCCGAAAAGAAAGCAAAGUCAUUUUUGCAACUGGCUUGGAUUGCCUACAACGACAAAGUCCUCAUCUUACUCUCCGUCGCUGCUGUGGUCUCUUUAGCUCUCGGCAUUUACCAGACUAUACGUCCUUCCAAAGCGGAAGAGCACGAAGCUAGGGUUGAAUGGGUCGAGGGCGUGGCCAUCAUGGUGGCAAUUUUCGUUGUCACUUUCGUGGGAGCAUUGAACGACUACCAGAAGGAGCGGCAGUUCAUCAAGCUCAACCGCAAAAAGGAAGAGCGCUUCGUCAAGGUUGUCCGGUCCGGCAAGUCACAGGAAAUUUCCGUCUACGAUAUCCUGGUUGGCGAUGUUCUGCACUUAGAACCCGGUGACGUGAUCCCUUGUGAUGGCGUUUUCAUCGAUGGGCAUAAUCUGCGGUGCGAUGAAUCCUCUGCGACGGGUGAAUCUGACAUUCUCCGCAAGACAGCGGCCGACGAAGUCUUCCACCGUAUCGAGAACAAUUUGUCUCUACAUAAGAUGGAUCCUUUCAUCCUUUCUGGAGGCAAAGUCUCCGAAGGCGUGGGUACCUUCUUGGUCACAUCCGUCGGCGUUAAUUCAAGCUACGGCAAAACCCUUAUGUCUCUACAAGAUGAGGGCCAAACCACACCCCUGCAAUCGAAGCUCAAUAUUCUGGCCGAGUAUAUUGCAAAGCUUGGUCUGGCUGCCGGUCUCCUACUCUUCGUCGUGCUAUUCAUCAAAUUCCUGGCUCAACUAGGAUCCAUCCAAGGCGGUUCAGAGGAAAAAGGUCAACGCUUCCUUUCCAUCUUCAUUGUCGCGGUCACGAUCGUUGUUGUCGCCGUCCCCGAGGGUCUUCCAUUGGCUGUAACACUGGCUCUAGCUUUUGCAACAACCCGUAUGCUCAAGGACAACAAUUUGGUGCGGUUGCUAAGAGCCUGUGAGACUAUGGGGAAUGCUACUACGGUCUGUUCAGACAAGACCGGGACCUUGACCCAGAACAAAAUGAGUGUGGUGGCUGGCACCAUAUCUACGGCCUCGCGAUUCGGCGAUAAAGAUGUCCCUAUCAACGAAAAGGUAGCAGAUAAGGACAAGCUACCAGGACCUGCCAACAUCACCUGCGAUGUUAGCCAAGGCGAGUUCACUGCCACCUUAGCAGAAGAGACGAAGCUCUUGUUGAAAGAUUCGAUUGUUCUUAAUUCGACUGCAUUUGAAAGCGAGGAAAAUGGCAAAGUAGUCUAUAUCGGAUCGAAGACCGAAACAGCUCUGCUUCAAUUUGCUGCUGACAACCUGGGCAUCGGAUCCGUCGCCGAGGAGCGAGCCAACGCAAAUGUGGCGCAGAUGAUUCCUUUCGAUUCUGGACGCAAAUGCAUGGCUGUGGUCCUUAAGAUGGCGAAUGGCAAAUAUCGCAUGCUGGUAAAAGGCGCUUCCGAAAUCCUGAUCGCUAAGAGCAGUCGCAUCGUUACAGAUCCAACUGUCGACAUUACCGACUCCGUCAUGACCAUUGAGCAGAACCAAGCGCUAAAUGGCAUUGUGGCCAACUACGCGUCUCGUUCUCUGCGGACGAUCGCCUUGCUCUACCGCGAUUUCGAGCAGUGGCCACCUCGUGGCGCUGUGUCGGCAGACGAUAAACGUCAGGCUGACUUCGAUAGGGUCUUCAAAGACAUGACUUUCUUUGCGGUGGUCGGCAUUCAAGACCCUCUUCGCCCAGGUGUUACUGAUGCCGUACGAGACUGCCAGAUUGCCGGCGUCUUCGUUCGUAUGGUUACGGGUGACAACAUUAUGACGGCAAAAGCAAUUGCUACAGAAUGUGGAAUCUUCACUGCUGGGGGUCUCGCGAUGGAGGGCCCUGUCUUCCGCAAACUCAGCAAGAAUCAGCUCAACCAGGUCAUUCCCCGUUUGCAGGUUCUGGCUCGCUCAAGCCCUGAUGACAAGAAGCUACUUGUUCGACACCUGAAGAAGCUCGGGGAGACAGUUGCUGUGACUGGCGAUGGUACCAACGAUGCUCCAGCACUGAAGGCUGCCGAUGUCGGCUUUUCCAUGGGCAUCGCAGGUACCGAAGUCGCUAAAGAGGCGUCGGCUAUCAUCAUCAUGGACGACAACUUCGUCUCUAUCGUUAAAGCCAUUUCCUGGGGACGUGCAGUUAAUGAUGCGGUGAAGAAGUUCCUCCAGUUUCAGAUCACGGUCAAUAUUACGGCUGUCGUCCUGACCUUUAUCUCAGCUGUUGCCAACGAUGAGGAAAGCUCAGUGCUUACUGCUGUUCAACUUCUUUGGGUCAAUCUAAUCAUGGAUACGUUCGCCGCACUCGCACUCGCCACUGAUCCUCCACUGCCGAGCAUCCUCCAUCGACGGCCUGAACCCAAAUCUGCGCCCCUGAUCACUUUGAACAUGUGGAAGAUGAUCAUCGGUCAGUCCAUCUUCCAGCUGGUGGUGACGCUGAUCCUCUUCUUCGCCGGAGAAGGCAUUCUCGGAUACGAGACCGACGAUGAGAUCGACAGGUGGCAUAGCACGAUUUUCAACACCUUUGUCUUCAUGCAGAUUUUCAACCAGUACAACUCCCGACGACUCGACAAUGGUUUCAAUAUCUUUGAAGGGAUUCACCGGAAUUGGUGGUUUAUUGGCAUUCAAUUCAUCAUUGUUGGCGGCCAGUGUCUCAUUAUGUUCGUUGGUGGCGAGGCAUUUUCCGUCACACGGAUCACAGGACCACAGUGGGGCAUUUCUCUUGUCCUUGGUGUAUUGUCCAUACCUAUCGCUAUCAUUAUUCGACUCAUCCCAGACGAGUUGUUCGGGAAGUUCAUCCCUCGACUUCCGAGGAGGAAGAAGCCGAGCCUGAAUGUUAUCAUUGAAGACGACGAGGAUCAGACCCAGCAAUGGAAUCCGGCACUCGAAGAGAUUCGUGAAGAACUCACGUUUCUUAAGAAGAUUCGCGGCGGUCGUAUGCGAGAGUUGGCGUACAAAUUACAGCAUCCACGAGAAACGUUCUUGCCUCGAUCUCGUGGAUCGUCACGAUCCCGGGACGAGUCACAAGUUGACCUUCCUCAAACACCAAACAACGAAGUGGCUGAGUCGAAUGCCAGCCUAAGCGCGCCGCAGACACCAGAAAAAACACCGCGGAAGAGAGCUCGGUCCAACUCGACGUCUAUAUUUGGUCCAGCGGCUGCAAUGGCCGGGAUUGUUGCAGGCAGUGUUGCGGGUGGCUGGUCACCCCUGGAGCGACGCGCGGAACAGGCAGAAACUGUGCAAUUUAGUCGCUCACGAUCAGCAUCUGGGGUUGAGGGCACGGCGGGCAUGGAGGUUCACCCCGACACCAAGCAAGACGAUCCUGUCUUCGCAUCCAACUUCCAGCAGACUAAGGUGCCGCCGAGUCAGCGGCCUGAGCUGGCGCCUUUCUUUGAACACGCUCCGCCGCACAGCCCAGAUGCCAGAAGGUCGCACUCUCGCAAUUCAUCUCAGCAUGUGCCCGAGGCGUGA